UCAUCCCAACCUCCACUCAAGACUCCAGCACAACUGCUACCAACCAUCUCAAAAGUCAAGCUUAACAUGUCUUCCAACAACUCUUCUACCUCGAGCUCUGGCUCCAACUCCACUUCCAGCGGCAGCGGCUCUUCGUACGAGGUCACCUCCAGCGGCACCAACGACCAGGGCAACCACUACUGCUCGCGCGAUUACGGUUCCAGUGCUGCCAACGACAACUCCUACCACUAUUCCAACACAGCAGCGAUGGCUCGUACUACUACAGCAACCCCAAUGGCUCGACCUACUACAACUAGGGCUCUGGCUACUCUAACUACACCCCUUCUCAGGGCAAGUAGAUGGCAAGCUGUCAUGAUAUCGUUCUUGGCGAGUGCCUAG